CGACGACGACGAUGAUGAUGAUGACCAUGGCGACAUGGCAGGCGGAGACGCCUCCGACAAUGAUGAGGACUUCAACUCCGACCAGGAGCAGCGUUUGCCAGACAUUCAAGAGUCAGACAGCGAAGAAGGACCGCACGAUGCUGGCGAUACUGCGACUACACGAGUUGCUUCGUCUGCAUCACUCGCUGAAGUAUCCGCGUCAGGGCAGACAAGGAAAUGGUCUUGCUCAGAGCCUGGAUGCGACAAGUCGUACUUUCGCCAGACACACUUGCUACGGCACCAACGGACGCACUCUGGCGACAAGCCAUUCAAGUGCACGGUAGCAGGUUGUGAGUGGGCAUACGUGAACAACUACCACCUGAAGCGACAUAUGCAGACGCACAAUCGAGAGUUGCCGUACAAGUGCACUUUUGAUGGCUGCAGUGAAACCUUCGCCAAGCAUUCUCAGCUACGCACACACAUGUUUGUGCACACCAAUGUCUUGCCGUUCGCAUGCCCGGAGGCAGGAUGCGACAUGGCUUUCUUGAAGGCGUGCGAGCUUCGGAAACACGCGCGUCGUCACUCGACAAGCUACGCAUGUGCCGACUGCGAGGCUCACUUCUCCAAGUGGUCUGACUAUGUGGCUCACCGCAAGGCCGAGCAUCCUGCCGUCAAGGUGUGCCCUCAUUGCCGGCGCACCUUUAAAAAUCGAGGCAGCUUCCGCGAUCACCUCCGGACGCACGAUCCCACUCGCGAGUCCUUCCCGUGCCCAAUCGAGGGCUGUGGCAAGUUUUACUUUUCCAUCCAUGCGCGAAACACGCACGUGCGAUCGUUUCACGAGCAACACAAGCCGUUCACUUGCGAGGUCGACAGCUGUGGCGCGUCCUUUGCGCACAAACACACUCUCAGGGCGCAUGUCCGCCGAGUGCACGAGCAGAGCGUGCCCCCGACACCGGCCGUAUCCGAGCCAAAUUCACAGGAUCCGCUUUCAUUGCUGAACAGUCAAGCGCUUCCUGUGCCAAAUCCGUUAGCGGACGCGGCUGUCGUCGCGCAACUGUUGACAUCAGCAGCAGCAGCAGCAGCCACUGUCGCCGCCGAGCUAACCGCUUCCAUCCCCUCAACUCACGCACGGAAACGCGUGCGACUGGAAGGAGUGCCGACCCUUCCGACUCCUGUCGACAGCAGCGUUGGACCCGAGUAGAGAUGCAGCUGCAUGCUUUUUGCGACUUUUGUUGAGGUUGCUUCAUAUUUAUGUCCUCUCCUCGGUUUGCCAUGCAUGUUCAGUGUAUCAGAGUACUGAAUACAACGCAGCGUUGUUACACGACAACAACGAUCC